AUUCUCUUUCUAAUGGGAAGUUCUGCCUCUUCCUUGGUGACAUAGCUCAGGUCGCCGAGACCUCCCCCCCCCGGAAAGCGGCGAACAGCCUGGCAGGCAACCCCACGUAGGAUGCAUCUACGCGGCCCUGGCACGCCAAGCGUGGGUGGGGCAGAGACCAGAUUUCUCUACUCCAGUUUCUAAAGGAGAUAUGCUCUUUUGCAUUGAUUCGGUAAUUUGGCGAUGAUCCCUUGCCUUGCGAAAGUGAGUUUGUUAUGGUAUCUCGCUGUGUGCUUUUAACAGCUUGACGAUGCAAGCCAGACCAGGCUCCCCGGACAAGUGUAGCGUGCGUGGCCGCAGGUGAUCUAGAGAGGGAGACGCCGGCAAAAGCUUGAAAAAGUGCCUGGGUGCCCAGCCGGUAAUUUGCAAAGACCGGGUCUGAUCAUUUGUCGGGGAAGCGCAAAAGCAAGAUCUCAGCAACCCUUCUUCAGAGGCCUUAGGGCACAGCUGCUGCUGCGGCUUCACAGCAAGAAUCUAGGCUCCGAGGCCGAUUCUGGGAACUUCAUCAGGACCUACUGAGAGACAGAGAUUCAUACAGCCUUUUGCCAACCAGGACCAAGCAUUCCAUCCCUAUUAAUCCCAGUAACCCUGUUAUCUGUGUCUAAGAUUGCUAGUUUCCAUCAGUGGUGGCUCAGACGGAUUCUACCACAAUGAUGACAAUGGUUGAUCCUGGUGUCUGGAACGGAGUCUAAACCUAGGAAUGACUCUUCUCAGGUAUUAUACAGAGUAAAGGUUCCUAGGGGACCAUCAGCUUCAUAGAUGGACAGUAUGUACGUGGCUGAGCCUUCAUCAGAAAAUGGGAGCAUCUCCUUGGAUAACGUCAUAUUUCUGGAUUUUCUCACCAACAACACAGAAGAACAGUGUUUCAGUGCCCAUGCCCGCAGCACUGUCCUGCAAGGGCUGCCGUUCGGUGGUGUGCCCACAGUGCUUGCCCUCAACUUCAUCCUCUGGUUGUUCCUCCUUCUGGUCUUCUCCUGCCUUCGGAAAGCAGCCUGGGACUAUGGGCGCCUGGCCUUGCUGAUGGAUAAUGACAGCCGUUUUCCUCCAAGCACGUGGAACUCCUAUGACCUGACAUCACUCUUCUAUGGGGAGCAAAAUGAAAAGGAAAAAUCCCCGUCAGAGACCAGCCCACUGGAUGCUGAUAACAAAGAUGUGGGAUUCUGUUCCUGGCUUCUGUCGGUCUACCAAAUGAAGGAUGAAGAAAUUCAAAGCAAGUGUGGAAUCGAUGCCACCACCUACCUCUCCUUCCAGCGGCAUGUAUUAGUGCUGCUUAUGAUCAUCUGUGUGCUCUCUGUGGCUGUCAUCCUCCCUGUCAACUUCUCUGGGGACCUCCUGGGAAAGAGUCCAUCUAAUUUUGGACGAACCACAAUUGCAAAUGUUCCCAAAGAUGACCGUCUUUUGUGGCUACACAGCAUCUUUUCCCUCCUCUACUUCAUCAUCACUGUCCUCUGCAUGGCUCAUCACUCCAUCCAACUUGAAUACAAGGAGAAUGAGAAGGUGGCUCGGACUCUGAUGGUUACCAGGAUUCCCAGAGAGAUCAUGGAUCCCUCCCUUGUCAUCAAACACUUCCAUGAGGCUUACCCCAGCUGCACAGUGACUGGUGUCCAGUUCUGCUCUGAUGUUCGCAAACUAAUGAAGCUGGAUUCAGAGAGGCGCAAGGCAAUGAAGGGGAGGCUAUACUUCACCACCAAGGCUCAGAAGGAGGGGAAAAUCAUGAUCAAGAUCCACCCCUGUUCCCGCAUCUUCUGUUGCCGUAGUUGUGGUUUUGAAGAGGUGGAUGCUGAGCAAUAUUAUGGGGAGCUAGAAGAGAAAUUGACGGACGAGUUUAACGCGGAACGUAGCCGGAUUGCACUCAAGCGCCUUGACAUGGCUUUUGUCACAUUUCAGGAUGAAAGGAUGACAGCUACUAUCCUGAAGGAUUACGGCCGCAUCUGCUGUCGCAAGCAUCCACAGCAGUCCUCUGUUACCACAGUGGUGAAGUCCCAUUGCUGGGGGGUCAGGUAUGCCCCUGCCCCCAAUGACAUCAUCUGGGAGAACUUAUCCGUCAGUGGCGCUUCAUGGUGGGUGCGAUUUGUCCUGCUCAACAUCUGCCUCUUCAUCCUCCUCUUCUUCCUUACCACGCCCGCCAUUAUUGUCAACACCAUGGACAUGUUCAACGUUACACGGCCUGUGGAGAGCCUCAAGAACCCUAUUGUCACCCAGUUCUUCCCCACGCUCCUGCUCUGGGCCUUCUCUGUGUUCCUUCCUUUCAUUGUGUACUAUUCCGCUUUCUUCGAGUCACACUGGACAAGGUCAAAUGAAAAUCAGAUCACAAUGCACAAGUGUUACUUUUUCCUGGUGUUUAUGGUUAUCAUCUUGCCUUCACUUGGAUUGACCAGUUUGGAUCUCUUCUUCCGUUGGCUCUUUGACACCCACUUUGUGGAUCAGGCGGAUAUAAAGUUUCAGUGUGUUUUCCUUCCUGAUAAUGGUGCCUUCUUUGUCAACUAUGUUGUCAUCUCCAGCCUGAUUGGGACAGCCAUGGAACUGCUGCGCAUCCCUGGACUCAUUGUCUAUGCCACUCGGCUGUGCUUUGCCAAGUCUGAACCGGAGCGGCUCCAUAUCAAGCGGAACCAAGCUUAUGAGUUCCAAUUUGGAUUGGAGUAUGCCUGGACCUGCUGUAUAUUUGCUGUUGUCAUGACCUAUAGCAUCACCUGCCCCAUUAUUGUCCCUUUUGGCUUGCUGUAUAUGCUGCUCAAGCACAUGGUUGACCGCUACAACAUUUACUAUGUGUAUAUCCCCACCAAGCUGAACCAGCGCAUCCAUUCUGCAGCUGUAAGCCAGGUGGUGGUCGCUCCCAUCCUCUGCAUGUUCUGGCUGCUGUUCUUCUCCAUUAUCCGUCUAGGCUCCAUCCGCCCCAUCACCAUUUUCACCUGUGUGGUCCUUCUCUCCUGCAUCCUUUUCUCCCUCUUUGGCCUGUGUUUGAAGAAGCUGCAUCCAAGGAAGCCCUCCAGUUACCAGCAGAUGUCUGAGCAGUCUGAAGGUGCCUUCAGUGAUACAGAGAGGAGCAGCAUCUCUUCAACCCCCAAUUCAAAUAUGUUUGUGGCUACAGUGCUUCAAGAACCGGAACUAAGCCUGACGCCAGCAGCCUCCCCAGCUCAUCAGUCUUAUGGCACUAUGGGCAGCCGUCUGGAGCAAGCAGAAAACAUGGAGGAAGGUGGCCUGCAGAGCUUUGAAACAGAGCUGGAAAGCACAGAGGGCGAAUACCGAACCGGGCCUGUGCUGGACAACCAAACCCGCUAUCACUGACCACCUGUUCUCAGAGCAAUGAGAAAGACCCGAGAAGCGUUUUGAGUGUUAAGAGUGCCAGGGGGAAGCAUUAUGUCCCAAGGCCUAGAUUGUUCUGAGCUGCCAUAUCAGUCCUGCUGUAAACCAGUCUUGAACAAUGGUUUAGUUUUGCUAAUGAGACCAGAACAUCAGGCUGAUGCACAAUGGGCCUUCAAGCGCUGCACCUCUCUUAGCCAGUGUUGGGAUGGCAGCUCAGCUCUCCAGCGGAGAUGGAACUAAGGGGGAGGUUCUGCAGAGGCGGGUGCAGCUUCCAUUCUAUACUCCCACCUGUGUCGUAGAGUGUUCCACACGUUGCCUCUCCUCCGGCUGCAGGGCUACAGACUGCCAUUGCCUGGCUCUUCCGACAAAUCUCUGAUCUCAGUUGCCCCAAUUUGUCUCCCUUGCCUUCUGCUAUUUUUGCUUUUCAUUUAUUUUUUUGGGUAUAGGGAAACAUUUCUGUAACGUGUGUGCCGCCUUCUCUGCUCAUGCCAACAGGAGGAAAAGACUGUCUAGAUUUAAAUAAUGUGAUGCCUUCAGUAGGUAGGAACUUUUCUAUGAACCUUUGGGUGGGGGGAAAAGCAGAAUGGUGAAUGACUCCUAAUGUGUUGGAAUACAAAAAGUCCUAAAUGUUUCCUCAAUGCCACGGGGCCUCAGCGAUUCAGUUUGCAGAGGCCACAGUCUUUCACUGCUGCAGUUGUUGCUUUUGCCCAAAUCCACUGCCUCCAAAAAAGACUUGCCCUCUUUGUAUGGCCCAAGUGACAGGCCUGGUUUGUCUCUGUUUUUCCAGGCCUAUGCCUGGCUGCUUGUGUGCUUUAUGCCCAGAAGAAUUGCCAUGUUCAGGUUUUACCUUAUCUUAGUCCAACUGUGUUGGAACCUGCCUGAUUCCUUGUUUUAAAACAGACUUCAAGGGGGAGAUGGGAGUGGUGAUGAAGGAGACUGUGUGGAAUCUGAGCCUAAACAGGACCUGACAGCAGCAGAACUGUGUGUAUAAAUCCAGAUCUGCUGCAAGCCCCUAGAACCUAGGGGUAGAAUCAGACUUUUAGAGCAAGAGGAGCAUGUACGACAGAGGAGCUAAACUGACAGCCAGUUCAUGUCACUCAUUUGCCCAUUUUUCUUCAUGAAGUGGGUCUCCACAACUAUCUGAUUCUCAACUCUUAUAGAUCCAGGUUUAAGCACAUGGUUGUGCCACAAUCACAUCUAAUUUAGCUUGAUUGUCGGGGUUGGAUGGCAGGCAGGGAGAGGGGACAUUUCAACCCUUACAUGACAGUAACCCCUUUGUACACCAGCAUGUUUCAGUGUGGCAGCUCCCAGGCUCUAUGAUAUUGCAUGUCCAAACUGCCCAGACCCAUAAUCUCUUAAGAGGGUAAAUUCAAAUGAUAGGUGUGGGUAUCAGAAUAGACAUGCAUGGGAAUGACUCUGUUUUGCUUAGAAAUCACCACUGUCCUACAGGCCUUUCUCUGGCUCAGCUACAUCAUAUAUGGGCCCACUAGAUAACUACUUGUCUAUAAUUCAGUGUGCCAAGCAUAUUCUGCAAAGUCCUUCAGGGUAAUGGAGUAGGUUUCUCUGAAGUGCGGUUAUUUUCCAAACCUGUAAUGAGGCUGUCCAAAAGAUCUUAGGAGAUGGGUAAAUGCCACAAGAGAGUAAGCAAGUGCAGGGGGGGGAUAAUAGAUGAUUUGCACAUAAAUGAGAAUUGCCAUGUUUCUUUUUCUAGCAGGGCUCUGUCUUAAAUCAGUUAAGCAGGUGACAUUUUCCUAGUGGGUUAGUGCUCUCUCAAGCUAGUCCAUCUGUGUUAGAAAAAGUUUGCCUCUUAGAUUUCUGUUUGUCAUCCAACUGUUAAAGGCACAAUGGCACUGGGGGUGGGGGAGUAGGGAGAGAAUUUAGAUUCCCUGUCCAUAUCUUCAAGGCCUAUUUUACAUAGUACAGAUCUAGAAGGUCUCCCACUAAUGUUCACUAGGCAGAAAAAAGCGCCUCAAGAUUAUAGCUAAACUAAAAGAGACUUAAAUUAGAAUUUCAUCUAUGAUUGCAAUCUAGGACGUAAAUGCCAUUAAAGGCAGUAGGAAUUGUGGCCAAUUAGACCUGCUCCAUAGGAUUUCCUCUUUAAACUAAAGAUAAUUCACACACCUUGCCUAAGAUAGAAACCCCUAAAGCACACUAUUUGUUUUUACUAAUCUGGCUGCAUACGGACUGCUCAGAGCACUGUUCUUCAACCUUGGGUCCCCAGAUGUUGUUGGACUACAACUCCCAUAAUCCCCAGACAGCAUGGUCAGUGGUGUGGGAUGAUGGGAUUGUAAUCCGAUACUGAAGAACAGUGCAACAGUCUGUGGCAAAGUCUUCAGGCAACAGUGCAAUCCUCUACAUGUUGAUGCAAACCUAAGUCACAUUGAGUUCAAUAGGGCUUAUUCCAAGGUAAGUGGGUAGAGGAUUGCAGCCUUAGUUUCACGGUUGUGGGUUAUAAGGAGCACCUAUAGGGCCAAAUUACACAUUACAUGGGGGAUCAGUAACUGGAUUGCUAAGUGUAUUCCUUUUCACUUAAAAGCAGCUGUGGCAAAGGGAACUGGAGUGGAAUAGCAGUGCUGGAGCCAAGGAGUGAUUUAUCUUUUCCCCUCUGCCAUUUUCUCCAUUUAAGCUGCAAACAUGCAUGUGCACGCAUGUGUACGUGCAUGGGCACACACACCUGCCAGUGGCCACACAAGAAGAAAAAUCUAAGUACUGGUAUUUUUUUCCCCAGCAGACAAAGAGCAGUUUGGGUGUGGGGACAUUUAGUUUAGGAAAAUGAAAUGGACGGAAAGGGUUAAAUACUUACACCAUCACUGCAGCUGUUACACCAAUCUAAUUCAUUACUAUGCCUGCCAACUGCUUUUAAGUGGAAAUACAGUGGAAGAUCCAAGCCCAGAUUUGCCAGGUAUAUGUAUAUGGCCAUCAAAGUACAGGCCAAGCCUCUAGCUCUGUACUGUCCAAGGCUCUAUGCUGAGAGGAGGAGGUCCCCAAGGCCUCAGACAGGGAGUACAAACAAUCCUACUUGGAAAGCACUUCCAUGUAGAAAUUAACAGGCAAAGUGUUGAUCAUCUGAUCUAUUGUGAUACAUGCAUUUUGCUGGAUGAACACCAUGCAGCUCAAGUGUACAUACAGUAAAUAUGGAUGCAUAGUCCCAUCUAGACAUUUUCUAAUGUACACAGCAACCCUGAGAUCCUUUUAAUUGGAGAGUGAACUUCAACCUGACCUAUGCAAUACACAUGCUCAUUAGCUCCCUUCAUGUAGGGCCAUGGAAGAGUCUAAAGCUUUACGCUUCACAUUUCAGCCUUUCUGCAUGGAAAUAAUAGGCUUCAAUUAAGUGUGUUGCCUCCUAAGUAGUAAUAAAUGCAACAGCCCACUUUUCAAAAGGAAUUUGUACCAUACACAGUCAACUGCCCCCAUCUAAAAAAUAGGCAACGGGACAAAUGGACAUGUCAGUGAACAAGUGGUGAAAAUACAGGGAGCCAUAAAGCAAUCUCCAUCUUGAUUGUAGCACAUUUAUUUUAAUUAGAUUACAUCUAAAUUGGGUUGUGGAUUGUUACCAAAAACAAAAUGUUUUUUGGGGGAGGGGCAGUUGGAAGCUAUCCAAAGAGCACGUUUGGAGAGGAAUGGUUUUAAUUUUUGGUGUGUUCAGGUUUCACAGAAAAAGGUGAGACAGUAAAUUAUUCUUGCAGACUAUGUCUGCACCCUGUGAUGUUAUUUCAGUCCUGUCCACUGUAUUAGUUAUUCUGUUCCAGGAGAGACUCAGAUCACUUAUGUUUGAAAUUACACAGGUGGCAGAGUGUUGGAAUACUGAAUUGUUCUAGCACAAAAAAGAGCAUGUGUGUGUAUAUAUGUAUACAGAAAGUUAAGAAGUCAUGUGGUUACAUAGGAGGACUGGCUUAAAUAAAGGCGGCACACCACUUUGAAACUGGACUGGUGAGCAACAAUCCUCCAGAAACCAGUAGGAUUCUAAUGCUCCAGCUUUGUGGGUAUAUAUUCAUAUACCUUUCCUACACCCUGUAGGACUAACCCCCUUUAGCAAUGUUUCGAAAAACAUCAUUGCCUCAAAUAAUAUCACACAUGUACCUGCUGCAUGAUGUGUGGUCAUACUGUCCCUAAUGCAGUCUUUUAAAAGCUUGAGGUGACUAGAGAACUGCUGAUCCUGCAGCAUCUGGAACUAGUUAUGUCAGUGAAGAGGUUAAGAUUACUCAGUUCAUUUUCCAAUGCAGCAGACCCUUCAGGACUGAAUUUACUGCUUGUCUAAAGUUACAACUCUAUGCCCUAGAGGUAAGCCCUAAUGAUAUGCAUAGUAGAGUAGGGCUUCAGAUAUAUUAGGGGAUGAGGCCCCCUCAUCUAAACUGGAGCCUCUUUGAUUUAGUAUAAAUUGCCAGGUAUGCCUGUGCUACUCUCUGUGCUGGGCUUCUUCAAAGUUUGCCACAGGGAAGAAACAGUAGCCACUCAGUGCCUCAGAGAGGGGAGCAGCAGGCAGGUGCCCACAACUGCCAGAAAUGAGAAGAAAAGCAACCAUUCAAUACUGGGGCUAAUUUCAGAAAAGAAUGCUUAUGCAUUACAAGCAGGCAGACAGGGUGGCAUACAGGUAUGUGAGGUGUGGCACUCCAGAAUGUGACUUGGUCAAAGCAACGCACCUCCUUAACACAGCACUAAUCUCAUCACCCAUAUACACAGAGAUUUCUUCCAUGUUAUUUUUGAGAGCCAUUUCUGGUUGCUGUCUAAGGGUGGCCAAGUCCAGUGUUGCGGAGUUAACUGGUCCUUAUUGCUCCCUCCUUGGAUCCUGUGAAAUAAUCUUUGCCUAUUCACAUGCGAAUGUAGCAAACCUCAAGACCCCCUGUGUUAGCUGCAUCCUUUUAUGAAGGCAAAGUGCCUGUGAGUGGGAAACUCUGGUCUCUUGUCUUUCCCUUGGCUGUUGCCCUCUAGGAAUGUGCCAGAGUUCUGUAUCUUCUUGUUAUAUUUAUUGCUAUGACCGUGCCUUGAAUAAAGUUACUUCACCCA